AUGGCUACCAACGACGAGGACGAGGAUGAGAUCGUCCAGGGGGCCUACGCGACGCUUAAGACUGCUCAGCAGUCGUUCCGGAACAAGCGAAGCGGGCUGGCACGUCGAGCCACCACUGCCGCCCCCCUUAAGCCUGCUACCGCGACCACUGAGCCUGCUCUACGCGAAGUAACAUUUGAAGCUGUUGACUCAACAACCUCUGAUGACUAUACCUAUGUAAUCAAUUCGUCAAGCAGCCUGAUCCGGAGCUCUUACAACCUUCCAAUAACACAGACCCUGUUUCUCUCACCUGACCGAACAAUAGAUCCACCAUCAGCAAAGUUGCUCGCUUUACAUCGCACUAUUGCCCGCAUCAUGGAACCCGGUGCUGCAGGGGCAUACGUUGACAAGAUCAUCCGAGAUAUGGAAGAGAUAUGGGUUCGAAGUGAUGGUUCAGCAGAACUGGGAAGCUUUGAAGUUAGGAGGGUGGAUGGAUGUGGCCACCUAAACGUUAGAUUUUCGACUGUUUAA